AUGCCAUUAGUUCAAAAGGAUUUGCAAAUACGAGAUGGCGAAAUAUUAAUAGACAAAUUAGAUAUGAUUGAAGAUACAAAGGGCAAUGCUGGUGAUCAAGGUCGCUUAAUGGUAACCAAUUUACGAAUCAUAUGGCAUUCACUAAUGCUACCUAGAAUUAAUCUGAGUAUUGGUUAUGAUACAAUAAUUAACACAUCCACUAAAAUAGUAAAUGUGAUUCAAGGAAUGACUACCCAAGCUUUGUACUUACUAACAUCAUUUAAAAACUGCAAAUAUGAAUUUAUUUUUACAAAUUUGAACACAAAAAAUUUCCGGCACUACACGUCAGUUACGGGAGUUUUCAGAGCAUAUAUGUCUACAAAAACUUAUCGUGAAAUAAAAUUACGCGGAGCUUUUAUUCAAAACAAAUCACUUAUAACGUUACCAUCAGAAAUUAUAAGUAGUUCGACUCCUGGAGUUUGGAAUUUGUCGACGGAACAAGGCAAUGUUGGAACAUUUUUAGUGACGAAUAUUCGAAUAGUAUGGUUUGCAGAUAUGAAUCAUCAGUUUAACGUCUCCUUACCGUAUUUAGCUAUGGAAAGUGCAUCUAUUAAGUCUUCUAAAUUUGGACCAACCCUUGUAAUCAUAAGUACAAAAUCGAGUAAUGGUUACGUUUUGGGAUUCCGCGUGGAUCCAGUACAAAAAUUACAUACUCUUAAUAAAGAAAUUCAGACUCUUAAAACAUCUUAUGAUAAAAGUCCAAUCUUUGGCGUUGAAUAUACUUUUGAGUACCAGGGCGUCAUUGAACCUGAAGUAAAGGAAGAGGUAACUAAAGAAAUACAGGAUAGCAACGAUGAAAUUUCUAAUGUAUUUGGUUUAUAUUUUGCUGAUGACGGAACAAAACAACAUCAACCUCAACUUGAUUCAUAUUUAGGGCUUGCAGCUGAAGAACCAAGACCGGGAAUUUCUUUACAAAGUUUAUGGGAAUUAAUACCUGGCAAUCCAUAA